GACUUAGUUAAAAUUUACAAAAUCAGAAAAACAUAGUUUUACUUUUCCUUUAAAUUUAUGAUUGAUCGUCACAGUUAUUUCUAUAUUUAAUUAUGGCCAGUGAAUUGCAAGGAACUGUACAUUUGUCUAAUACAAUUUCAACUAAAUCUGAAAAAAGUAAAGAACACAAGAAAAACAACGUGGAAACAAAACCUGGCACAUCAUAUGAGGUAUUUAGAAAUAACACAACGGCUGUUGAAGUGAUAGUUAAAGAAAUAGGUGACAAAGGUAAUAGAAAGGCACUUACCGAUAAUUCUAGUCAAAACACUUUUACUGAUCAUCCAAAUAUUGCAAGACUUAAAGAAAUUAAUAAAAAAUUAGUGACUGAAUUAAAUAAAUCAAAUUCAUUAUUAGCAGAAUCUAGAAAAGAUUUUAGAACAUUUAUUAAUGUAAUGAGUAAACAAUUGGCUGAAGCUAAUGACAGAGAAAUUGAGAUACAAUCGAGAUAUUUGAACGCCCAGUUGGAAAAUGAAAAAUUCAAAACGCUAUUGGAAUAUAAAACGAACCUGGUAAAGAAAUUCAAAAGAGAGUUGAUUAGUUUGAGAAGGAUUAUUAAAUUUGUUGUGAAAGGUAUUUCUUGCUUUCCAAAUACAGUAGAAAAUUUCAGUUUAAGCUCGUAUCAUGAGUAUGAUGAAUUUGAAAGAGUAUUAAAGAAGGAUUGCCGAGUUAAAUUUGUGAACUUGUAUGAUGAUUCGACGAUGCUCGAUAGUAAUCAAUCGCGGAAUGCAAGUGGGGGAGACCCGGACGGUGCAUACCCGGCAACCGGGUCAGGCCAUGACCGGGUCAUGCGGUCACAGCCCGGUUACGCGGUCAUGGGAGAUACGCCCGGCUAG